UAAUUAUUACGUAUGGAUGAUCUAAUUUAGUUCCGCACCUGUUUUAAAAUAAAAAUUCGAACUUCAACAGAUCGUCCGAUCAGAGUUAUCCAAUAUAUUGAAUAAAAAUGUCUCAUGUACACGAUGCACUAUUCUUCAUGGUUAAAAAUUUGUAUGAGGAGAAGAAAUGGAGGGAAAUUUUGAAAUUAAAUGAAUUUUCCAAUAUACCUGACGCGAAUAGGAUUCUCUGGGUAUGGCCAAACGAAGAGGAUAUUAGAUUCAUUCAAGAUUUUAUAGUUAGAAAUGGUUUAAAAGGUGUCAGUUCGAUUGGUUGCGGAAAUGGCUUGCUAGAAUGGAUUUUGCAGCAAGCUACAGGUCUGGCAGUUGAAGGUAUCGAGAUAAAUGAAGAAUGGUGGAAGAGCAGAUACGCCUAUCCCCCUUUUAUAGACCUUAAAUUCCCAAAUUUUCCGCUGGAAAACCCGCUCAAUAAGGACCAUGCGUUGCUCUUCUGCUACUUCAAUAAUGGUCCAGCUUUCACUGAUUAUGUGAAAAACUAUACAGGAAACGGAAUCAUAAUAAUUGGACCUUCCUAUGGUAACGGAAAACACACAGAACCACCACCAUUCAAUGUGAAAUUUCCUUCAUUGAACUGGAAACUGGAGUGUUACAAAGAAAUUAAACAAACUAAAGAUUUUAUUGCUUUUUAUAUCAGAAGCGGGGAACUUUGAUCAUUUUAUCACAAAUUAUAAUUUUUUAAAUUGAUAAAAGGUCUUUGAAAGUUUCUCCACCCAAAGAAUAAAAUACUUGGGAUUGAUUAAUGGAAAAUAUAUUAUAACAAUAACUUCAUUAUACAUACAACCAUAUAAUAAAUAAUUUUGAAGUAUAAA